AUGAAGGUCUAUACUAGGAGGCGACGGAAAGACACACUAGAAGAAAAAGAAGAAGAAAAGCAUGAUCUUAUCAACAAUCUCCCUGAUUCCAUUCUUUGUUUCAUCAUCAGUUUCCUACCCAUUAAAGAAGUAAUAAGAACAACCAUCUUAUGUAAAAGAUGGAAGAAGUUAUGGAUUUCAAUUCCUUCCAUCAACUUCGAUUUACAGAAUCCAAAACUUUUAACCCAUAAUGAAGUAUUCCAUCAUAUCUUUAGAUCUCAUCGUGGAAACAUGGAGAGUUGUUCAAUAAUCCAUUACAUCAAAAAGGUAAAGCACCAAGAGUUGCAGUCAUGGAUAAAGGAACUAACCUCCAAGAGAAUGAGCAUCAACAAGCUUUCCUUACAAUCCAUUGGCACAGCAUGGCCGAAUCUUCAAUUACCAUUUUCUCGUAUCUUCAGUUGUAGAUCUCUUCAUGAGUUAGAAUUGAAGAACUAUCUUUUAUCAGAUGGGUCUCCUUUUGAAGGUUGUUUGAAUCUCAAGACAUUAAAGCUUGUUUCAGUUUCUCUCUCUGAUAAGAUACUAAAUAGUAUGAUCCUCAACUGUGAAUUGUUAGAGAAUUUGAGUCUCUUUCAUUGUGGAGGUUUAGAGAGACUUGAAAUUGUUGAUCGGAAUCUAAAGGUCUUGAAGAUUGAGUUUUUACGAGUAAAGGAAAUAGAAAUUCAUGAUAUGGGUCUAAGAACAUUGGUUAUUGAUAGUACCACAACAUGCGGUAAAGGUUACAAAAUUGACACCCCGAACCUGCAGCAGCUUUGCGUUCAUCAUCGUAAUCGGAAUAUUGACUCCAUUGGACUUGAGAUUGUUGAAAUUUGCUGCCAGCUCCGGAUAUCUCCCAACAAGUAUGUGUCACCAUUUGAGAAUUUACAAAAGCUACUCCUCAAUUUGAAUUUGAAGGAUAUAAGACAAGCUCCAAUGCUUGGCUUCAUUUUGAGAAUGAAUCGCUAUCUACAAGAACUAAUAAUUGAGAUUGAUGAUGAAUGGUUUAAUACCUCAACACAUGACUGUCUUCCUUAUGACAAAUCUUUGUACUGGAGUAAAUGUGAGAUUUUUGACUGUGUUCUGCAUCACUUGAGGAGAGUGAAGUUGAAGGGUUUCAGAGGUGAUGUGCUUGAAAUGGAGUUUGCAAGUUUUCUAAUAACCAAGGCUACAAAGCUUAAGAGCAUUACAUUUCAAUGCCAUGAUUAUCAAUUUUCAAGACAAGAGGCAGCCAUUACAAUGGCUCUAUUAUCUUUGCCAAGGGCAUCUCUUGAUGUCUCUAUAAUCAUAGAUAAAUUGGUGAAAAGGGCAUAGGCAUGAUGUUAAUGGUAGUAUAUAUUAUACAUGGAUCACUUAAUUAUUGUUUAAAGGGCCAUUAAUAUUAUCACUGGCUCUCAAAUAAUAUUGAUCUCAAUGAUAGUGAAUAGUGUGAACCAUUGAGGACAUGAAUAUAGACAAUGGGCUAUAGGCAC